UGUUAUUGCACCAAUUUUAUCUCCCAUUGAGAGUUUGUAAAUUUGUGCUAAGUCUAAAUUUAAAAAACAAACAAACAAAACUGAGGGAAACAAGCCCCGGUCCCUCCACACGGCGCCGGGUUAUAGCUGUCCGUAAAUAUAGCCUGAUGAAAAAGCCCGAAAUCAGUGCGGCUCGAGUUAACGCCGAGGUUGCUUUGGUAUUUAAACCACCCAGGAUAAUGUUUUUAAUAAUAUGUAGGCUUUGACCUUCUGAUUUGUUUUCUUGUUGUACCGGCUUAGUUGCGUUUACGUGUUGGUAGAUCUGCAGGCGUCUCCUGAGCUGCUCGGGGAGUUGUGCAGCCAUAUUGGCUCAAAAGUAAUAAUCUUGGCACAGAGGAGUGGAGUCAGCAGCUGAGAUGAUCCACAGCCUGUUCGUCAUUAAUCACUUGGGAGACAUCUUCCUGGAGAAACACUGGAAGAGUGUCAUCAGCCGAAGUGUGUGCGAUUACUUCUUCGAGGCAAGGGAGAAAGCAGUGGAUCCAGAGAAUGUGCCCCCUGUCCUCCAGACCCCACACCACUAUCUCAUCUCCAUAUACAGGGGAAAACUCUUCUUCCUCUCUGUCAUCCAGACUGAGGUCCCUCCACUGUUUGUCAUCGAGUUCCUGCACAGAGUGGCGGACACAUUUCAGGACUACUUUGGAGAGUGCUCCGAAAGUGUGAUCAGUGACAACGUGGUGAUAGUUUAUGAGCUGUUGGAGGAGAUGCUGGACAAUGGAUUUCCACUAGCAACAGAGUCCAACGUCCUCAAGGAGAUGAUCAGGCCUCCCAACAUCCUGCGAUCAGUCGUCAACACGCUAACAGGAGGUAGUAAUGUUGGAGAAACAUUGCCACAAGGUCAGCUGUCAAACAUCCCAUGGAGGCGGGCUGGUGUCAAAUACACCAAUAAUGAGGCGUAUUUUGAUGUGACAGAAGAGAUAGACGCCAUUGUGGACAAAUCCGGUACGACAGUAUCUGCAGAGAUCCAGGGUGUAAUUGAAGCCUGUGUGAAACUCAGUGGGAUGCCUGACCUGACGAUGUCCUUUAUGAAUCCUCGGCUUCUUGAUGACGUGAGUUUCCACCCAUGCGUGCGGUUCAGGCGCUGGGAGUCGGAGCGUGUCCUGUCGUUCAUCCCACCGGAUGGAAACUUCACGCUCAUGACCUAUCACAUCAGCUCUCAAAAUCUUGUAGCUAUUCCAGUGUAUGUGAAGCAGAGCAUCAGUUUCUUUGAGGCAGGAUCUUGCGGUCGCCUCGACAUCACCAUUGGACCCAAGCAAACUAUGGGGAAGACAGUGGAGGACCUGAAAGUCACUGUCCACAUGCCCAAGGCUGUGCUUAAUGCCAACCUCACAGCCUCACAGGGAAACUACACCUAUGACUUCACUACAAAGUUGUUGGUUUGGGACAUUGGUAAGCUUAACCCCCAGAAGCUUCCCAACUUGCGAGGCAGUCUGAGUAUGCAGACAGGAGUGCCUAACCCUGAAGAGAACCCCUCACUCAAUAUUGACCUAAAGAUCCAGCAGCUGGCCAUAUCAGGUCUUAAAGUGAGCCGUCUCGACAUGUACGGAGAGACGUACAAGCCAUUUAAAGGUGUCAAAUAUGUGACUAAAGCGGGCAAAUUCCAAGUGAGGACCUGAGCAGUUACUGUCAGAGGUCAGCAAUCCAACAUGCCAAAUAGAAGUUUGCCGCACCGCUGACUCAACUAUCCAAUAAGUCUUACAUAUCCACCUGCUCAUUGUAAUUAAUGAACAAUUCUGCAUUUUUUUUUAGGUUAUUUAUUUUGUUUAGCAUCAUAUUUGUAUGAACUGAUGGUUUUUGCAGCUUGUAAAGGGAAGCCUUAAUAAUCAGCGUGACUUAAUUGAAGUGCUAUUAGUUUCUAUCCAGUUUGAAUGUGACUCGUUCCUUUCUGUCUUUUAAUUUUUUUAAAUCCAACACAUUUUGAGUGUUGCCUAAGGGGAAUAUUUUGGUUUGAAAAAGGAGAUUUACAGCUCACUGCCACGCUCACCACUGCACCUCUGCACCUAAAUUAAGUUGCCUGCAUGUUGCCUGAGAAUAAACCGACUUGCCUUUAAAAACUUUUUUUUUUU